UUGCCGUCGGGCGGCGACGCGUCGCGGCGUCGCGCGGAUUUUCCGAUUCCUCCUCGUCUCGCGUCUCUCGUCGCCCACCGUUCCGUCGCGUGUCGUCUUCGGACCUGCAGGCUGCAGACGAAUGGGAUUUUUAAAUCGCACAUAGGAUUCACCUUCGGACUCGAGAUAUCGCGUAAUUGUUGGUAUCCAAGCACCCUCUCGAUUGAUCGAUAACUCCGCCGUCGCCGGCAUCGCCUAGCAUUUGUUCUCGGAACGCGGGGAAAUGGGCUUGAUAGUUUCGGCGAGGCGGACAGGCUCGGCCUAGCGCGAUCGCGAUAUAUUGAUCGACGUCUUUUCUUUCUGGUCCUGACGUGAUGACCAACGUGAAACACCAAGGGAGAUAACGUGGACGAUUGCAAUCCGGACUUUCGCGACAUGUAGUGCUCGCGACUCGUCGGUCACCAGAGUGUAGGUCGCGUCGAGUACGAUUGAGCGAAUUCGUGCGACAUUUUGUUCGAGCGAUGGGAUUGCUCGAUGAUGAGAGUAGAUUCGUGGCCUGGUGAUCCUGAGGUAGCGAAAGUAUGGCAGCGGCGCAGGGCACACCGGAGUCGGACACUGGGAGCUUCGAGUGUUUCAGAAACUACACGGCACCGGAGGUGUUUGUGCAAGGUCUGGCCGGCAUCGUCGAUCAGCAGGACGUGGAGUCUAUGAUACGUGCACAGAAACAGAUGUUACAAAGGUUUGAAAAGACCAACGAGAUGCUGACAAAUUGCAAUCAGUUGUCGGUGAAUAGACUCAAGACUGCCGGUACAGAAUUCAAGAAGCACACUGCUCUUCUAGUCGAGAUGAAGAGGGACCUGGAUUAUAUUUUUAAGAGGAUUCGCUUGAUAAAGAGUAAAUUGAGCCAGCAGUAUCCACAGGCGUUCAACGAGGCAGUAAGGAGCAGUUUGGCGGAGGAAGUUAUCGUGGAAGAUGUCGAUUGCCCGGUGAAGCCUCUCGAGCCGGAGGUCGUGCCAUUGCCAACCGCUCCAGUUCACGGCGCUGCCGAUCAAGAUCCCGAUUCAGAUGUGCCGGUCGAGGAGUUUCAGUUCGCGAAGCUGCGCAAACGGCGAAUAAAGAGUAACGACAGCUCGUCGACGGAGAGCAACAACGAUCAGAGUAACGCCGAUACAUCGUCCUGCACAUCCGAUACCGGUUGAAAGCCGGGCAGUAAUGAGAGAAAGAGGGGGAGAGGGGAUGAGAGAGAAACGCUUGUCAUAAUAAUUGUUCCAAAGUCGGGCUCACGCACCGUCCGCUUUGAAUGUUGCUCGGGAGCGAUACGGGCUAAUCAAUCGGCCAAUCGAUCGAUCGAUCAGUAAGGCAAUAAGGAAGUCGGGAGGCGCGGAGUCUCAAGGUGGCGUCGACGCCACGCACAGCCAUAUCUCGAUGUUAUUGUGCGAGCUGCGAGUUUGUGAGUACUGUCAAUGUUAAGAAAAAUAAAUUCUUUGUACAUGGUAGAGCGGUGUUGAUCAAUUCCACACGACUGUUCCGGUGAAUGCGUGUAACGGCAAGCGAAAGAAAAAAAAAAGAGGAGGAGAGGGUGUCCUUACGGGACACCCGGGAGUUUUAAUUCGCAAGUCGCGUCAGGCCGAGACGACUAGAAUCGUCACCACCUGGGGCGUUUCAUUAGCGAGGACGCAGCCGUCGUCGUCGUGAAAUAUUUCGCUUGUCCGGCCGACAAAGGUGGCGCCGAGAUUAAUGCGAAUGCUUUUCACGGCUGCAUCCGCGCCCACGUCGCGCCGGCUCUGCUAUACUUAGCCAGCGCGACGCGCGCGUCUGGGAAAGAUUCAUGUGAAUUCUUUCGGCGUGUUAAUUCAGGAGAUUCAGGAGGAAGACGUUCCAAGUGUCCACUGUAUGUGUUCAGCGCAACGAGGGAGUACAGUGAACGAUGUCGACGUCGACGUCGUUAUGACACGUCACUUCGGCGAAAUGUG